CUGCAGUUUUUCCCAUAAAGUUCAGCUCUUAUUCACAGGGGCCUAAGAUGGCUGUAUUUGUGUUAAUGCUAAACUUUAGGUGGGAUGGCCUUAUUUUUUCUCGGCCUCCACAGUUUGGUGUGAGUCUGCUUGUAGACUCACUGUACGUAGGUGUGCACAUGUAUGUUUCUGUGUGCUUAUAUUCACAUACACAUAUCCACAUGUGUGUAUGCUUUUUCCUUUUUUCUUUUAACUCCUUUAAUUUCUUAAUUUUUCAUUGAAGUAUAAUGAACACACAGUGUUAUCUUAGUUCCAAGUGUACAAUAUAGAGAGUUAACACUUCCAUAUGCGACGCAGUGUUCAUCUCCCUGUGUGCACCCCAACUCCCGUCAAGGCCUCUCCCCGUCCCUCUCUCCCCUCUUCCCUGUCCCACAACCACCAGUGUGUCUCUACAGUUCAGAAUCUGCUUGCUUUUGUUUCUUUUUAUUUGUUAUUUUGUUGUUGUUGUUUCUUAAGUUCCACGAGAUGACUUUUUUUUUCAUUGAAAUGAGCUUAUGCUAUUUUUGUUUGAAAACUAAGACUUCAGUAGGAGUCUUUAUAAAAUGUUCUCAGCCACGCCAGGCUCUCUCCCAGCCUACCUUUCCAAAUCUUGCUGGCAGAUCUUUUCCCUGAGAGUCAAGUAGUUCCCAGAUAAGCAGCCCCAGGGACUUGUCAUUUGCAAACAGGUUGUGUCACUUACUGAAGCGAAGGAGGUGUUGUGAAUGAUUUCCCAACACACUCACAAAAAGAGCAAGCCGGGGAAAUGUCCAGCACUCUCCGAGAUCUAAGAAGUCCUACGCCACGAUGAUGACGGGGACCAAGGAGGCACAAAACUAGGGAGCUCUGAAUCUACGUGCCCACUGAUGGUUGAAACGUUUAAUCAGCAUAAUGGAAAGAAGCCUGAAGAAUGUCCUCGUGGUUUCUUUUGGAUUUCUGCUUCUCUUUACAGCCUACGGAGGUCUGCAGAGUCUGCAGAGCAGCCUGUACAGAGAGGAAGGCCUGGGCGUGACAGCACUCAGCACGCUGUACGGCGGGGUACUUCUGUCCUCCAUGUUCCUCCCGCCGCUCCUGAUUAAGAAGUUUGGCUGCAAAUGGACCAUCGUCGUCUCCAUGUGCUGCUACGUGGCCUUCUCCCUGGGCAACUUCUAUGCCAGCUGGUACACCUUGAUUCCCACCUCCAUACUGCUGGGCCUUGGGGCUGCCCCUCUGUGGUCCGCCCAAUGCACGUACCUCACAAUCAUGGGAAACACAGAAGCAAAGAAUGUGGGAAAAGUUGGCAGAGACGUGGUGAACCAGUAUUUUGGCAUCUUCUUUCUCAUAUUCCAGUCAUCCGGUGUUUGGGGCAACCUGAUCUCAUCACUGGUGUUUGGCCAGACACCCACUCAAGAGGCCAUCCCAGAGGAGCAGCUUCUGUCCUGUGGGGCCAGCGACUGCCUGAUGGCCACAGCGCCCACCAACAGCACCCAGCGUCCCUCGCAGACUCUGAUCUACACCCUGCUGGGCAUCUACACGGGGAGUGGUGUCCUGGCGGUCCUGCUUAUAGCCUUAUUUCUCGAGCCCAUCAAAGAUGCUCAACAGAAAAGCGAAGGAGAGAAGAAAUCAUCUUUCUGGUCCACCCUGCUGUCGACCUUCAAGCUCCUUCGAGACAAGCGCCUGCGCCUACUGGUGCUGCUGCCGAUGUACAGCGGAUUUGAGCAAGCCUUCCUCGCUGGCGACUACACCAGGUCCUACACCACCUGCGCCCUGGGCAUCCAUUUCGUCGGCUACGUGAUGAUCUGCUUCUCCGCCACCAACUCGCUGUGCUCCGUGCUCUACGGGAGGUUGUCCCAGUACACGGGCAGAAAGGCCCUCUACGGGCUGGGUGCGGUAACCCACCUGUCUUGCAUCGUGGCCCUCUUGCUGUGGAAACCUCACCCCGACCAGCUGGCUGUGUUCUUCGUGUUUUCUGGCCUCUGGGGUGUGGCUGAUGCCGUCUGGCAGACACAAAACAACGUUCUUUAUGGUGUCCUGUUCGAGAAGAACAAGGAGGCUGCCUUUGCGAAUUACCGCCUGUGGGAAGCACUUGGGUUCGUCAUCGCAUUUGGAUACAGCACAUUUUUGUGCGUCUACAUCAAACUCUACAUCCUCCUGGGCGUCCUGAGUCUGACCAUGCUGGCGUACGGGAUUGUUGAGUACCUGGAGGCCAAGAACCCGGGCAGGCCAGUUGUUGCAGAACAGACAAAGCCAACAGAGGAGGCAGAAACAGAGACAGUCAUGUGACGGUGACACACGCUGCAGCACAGGAACUCUGUGUCGGCAAGACAGCUCUACCUGAAGUGCCUCAGAGUUUAUAGCUGCUUCCUCACAAUGGUGUCAGCAAUAUUUAGCCAUCCCGAAGACACAGCAUAGUUACCUACCAUAAUUUUUUCUAUUCUAGUACGUUUUCAGUUCACCACGUCACCAGUGGAGAUCGCGAGUGUGCAGGAAGGAAUCCAUGAUCUCCAGCACAAAGGCAGAAAGUUGAGUGCAUAAUCAGCCAAUGGGAACUGGCUUAGGUAGAACCAACAGCUUCCACCUGUUCAUGUUGUACUCAUCGUGCUUGUUGUUUGUAAGAGUCAGAAGGAUGUAAAAAUAACAAGUCUGACAGUACAAUUUUAUAAUUGGGUAAACUGACAUCCAGGCAAGUCAGCUGGCUCCCUCCCAGAGUCAGUGAGUGACAAAGCCAAACCAGAGUUUAUGUCCCUUGAAAUUUAUAAACUACGAAGUUUCUAAAUAAAUGCAACGAUGUUAUCAACAUUUC